AUGGAUAAACGUAUUCAUAUAAGACGAUCAACAAGUCUUAGUUGUUGGAAUUAUUUAUUUCAUUUUAAAUGGCCUCUAUUCGGAUUUAUAUGUCUUAUAAUUUUUAUUUUAUUAAAUAAAAUGCAAUUUACUUCCGAUAUAUUUUCUUCUGUUGAAUAUAACGAUAAUAUUAAAAUUUCAUUUACUAAUGUUAUAUAUCCGAUUGAUAUUUUGAAUCGAAAUAAUAUUAAUACAAGUAUUUUAUAUUAUUUUGCAAGAAAAGACGAACAAAAAUUAAUUGAUGAUGAAAAAUCAAUUGAUAGAAAACAUAAAAUAAUAUUACCAUUAACAAAUGAUGAAGUUUUCUCAAAAUCUUAUUCAAUACUUGAAUUUACACCUGUCUUUGGACACUCACGUUUUUGUUCACAUUCAAAAGAAGAUAUUUUUGGUAAAACAUGUCCUUAUACAAAUUGGCAAGUUUAA